AUGCCUCCAGAGCUUGCCUCUCCUGCAGAGGAUGAUUUGCUGAUGCCCCAGGUGCCUCCUUUUGGAAGAAAGCGUCUUCAGAGGCGGCGAUCCAGGAGGGGAGGGCAAAGAAGAACAGAGAUGAUGCUUACACUUCCUCACAGGUACUUCAUCUCUGGGCUUUUAUGACGAUUCAGACGUCACCUUGGACCUCUAUGGGGUCAGGGUGAGGCUGUACCGGGUCUUUAAGGAUCAUCCUGGUUAGCUCAGCAGGUCAGCACGUGGUGCCAGUAAUGCCUAGGUUGCAGGAUUGGUCCCUGUAUGGGACAGCUGCAUGCUCCCCCAUCGUUCUAACUGGACAGAAGCCGGGUUGCAGGGGGCCAGGCAGAGGGCCUUCUCGGUGGUGGCACCUGUCCUGUGGAGAGCCCUCCCACCAGAUGUCAACUACCAGUCUUUUAGAAGACAUUGGAAGGCAGCCCUAUUUAGGGAAGCUUUUAAUGUCUGAUGCAUUACUGUAUUUUAAUAUUUUGUUGGAAGCCACCCAAGGGAAGCCCAGUUAGAUGGGCGGGGCAUAUUUUAUUUUUUUUUAUUAUUAUUAUUAUUAUUAUUAUUAUUAUUAUUAUUAUUAUUGAGUGGACUAGAAGAUUGUUGGUGUCCCUUCCAACUCUACGAUUCUAUAAGUAGCAAUUCACUAGGAUGGGAAUAUUAGUCGCAGGGCUGCCAUCAUCCCCACAGCUUGCUGGGAUCGCAGGGACGGGGACGUGUGGGCCACUUGCACAGCUCCACAUUUCAAAUGGAAAUUCCCUGAGCAGUAGAACCUGAAACUAGUGUGCAGGAAGCUGGCCCGGCGGCAGCUUUGUUGUUUAGGGGUUCUGGACAGCGUCAGCCCUGUAAAUUCACACAUCUUAGGUGGCAGCACAAGACGCCCCCUGCCCAAGCGGGGGCUUGGAGCUGGCAAGCAAUAGCUCCUUAUCUCUGGCCCAUAUUCCCAUAAAAUUAUCUCCCUUGAAAGCCUGGCUAAAAGGUUAUCUAGAGGGGUCAGCGACUUUGUGCUUGUGGGAAGGGUUUUCUCAAGGUUUAGGAUUCCUCUGGCUUUUCAGCCAGUGGCUCGGAAUACAGCAAAUCAAAAGUCAGCUAGAGAGCCACCUGAGGUAGCCAGAAAGAAGGUCAGGUAGCAGCUUGCAUUGGGACGUAUGGUGGGACCCCUAAGAAAGCCCCAUAUAAUUCCAUCUGAUCCUUAUUUAUCGCAUCCCUAAGGCACCUCAGUGAAUGACGCUAUCCUUAAGGAAUUGUUCCGUGAAGUUCACGUCUUUGGAGCAGGCGGUUGAGCUUACCACAAAAUUGGAAGAGGUGCCUUGUUGGCAAUAUGCUAUAUUGAAUCGGCUGUUAGGCUGCUGCUGGUUCACCCACGAGAUUUUAAGUGGUUGGGCUUUAAUUUGGAUGGUGCUCCUUAUAUUGAUAAGGCGAUGCCGAUGGGUUGCGCAAUAGACUGUGCAGCACUUGAGUCCUUUAGCGCCUUUCUGGAUUGAACAGUGCGAGUCUAUACUCAUUUAACUGGGGGUACCAUUUUUUGGAUUAUUUUACUGGCUGGUUCUUGUGACACCAGCCUCUGUGUAGGCUUGCUAGACAUCCUUUAUUCCCUCUGAGGAGCUGGGUGUUUCAUAGGCAGUGGAUGGGACCCCCUCUUAAUAUUUGGGGUUAGCUGGAUACCGUUGCUCAAACAUCUGCUUGCCUGUGGGGAAGCUGUUUGCCUUCAAGGAAGUUAUCUUGUUAUACUUCUUCUGAAGCAAGUGUUGCUUUGUCAAAUCCUAUCAUUUGCUAGGUCAGUUAAAUUAAUUUUGCAUGCAGAUUGGUUGCCCCAGGCCGCCCCUUCCGUUCCCGCUUGGCCAGGCUGCCUGUGGCCCGAGGUCCCCUUACCUUCGUGUACGCUUACCAAGUGAGGUCAAGGCGGAUCUCAUGCGGUGGUUGCAGUUCCUAAAUGGAUGCAAUAGUAGUUCACCAUGGCAGGAUACCUUGAACCUGCACAGCGAUUUUCAGGUUCAUGCUGAUGCUGCUGGAUCUUUGGCCUUUGGUUUUUAUUUCAGGGGCUGUUGGUGUGCAAAGCCAUGGCCUCAAGCCUGGUGUGGUGAGGCUAUCAUGUGACCUAACUUUGCUUGAGUUUUCCCCAUUGUAGUAGCAGUUCACAUCUGGACCGAGGAGUUCAGUGACCGUAGGAUCUGCUUUUGGUCUGAUAACCAGGCAGUGGUGAGCAUCUUGGCAGAACAGUCCACAUGCUCCAGCAGAGUCUCCGCCCCUCCGCUCACGCUUUUGAGCUGCACUGCUUAAGGUUUAAUAUUGUGCUUGCUGCUCACCUGCUAACAGGAUCCUCUAAUGAUAUUGGUGACACUCUAUCCCAUUUUCAGAUGGAGUGCUUCAGAUCCUGGGCUCCAGACUCUCAGCUAUUGCCGGACUUUUCUGGACCACCUGUUGCACUUUGACAACAAUUAGUAAUUACAGGGAGUAGCAGAUUCCAUUCCUCUUCUGCUUUUAGCUCUUAUGGGGAGGCCUGGACUGAUUUCUUAGGGUUUAGUUGACAGCCCUUGGCCAUUCAGAGGAACUUGCCCCCAUCCGCUGAGCAGAUCCUGCAGGAUUUGGCCCACUUGCUGCAGAUUGGAUGUGCUGUAAACACUAUCAGAAUUCAGUCCGCUGCAAUGUCUGUUAUAGUGAAGCUUAAUUUUUCAGAGACCCUUGAAAAAAAGUUUGUCGUGCACAGGGCCUUGAACGGUUGGAAUAGGCUCCAACUUCAUAGGUUGGCGCACCUCUUCCAAUUGGGCCGAGUGGCCAGGACGCUCAGGAUCCAACCGGCGGCCAUUUCCUUUUUCUGCAAAGCCUUUUUUAAUAAAGACCCUUGCGCCAAAUUUGUGGUGCGCAAGGCUGUGGAAGGCUGGGGUAGCCUGGGCACUCUAUCCCCUGUGGUAAGGAAGCCUAUAACUUUUGAUUUGCUGACCAGCAUGCGCUCAAAGUUGAGGAGCAUUUGCUGGUUCAAAUAUGAAGCACGGCGUUUUUCAGCCGCCUUUUCCUUAUCCUUUUUUGGCGCCCCGAGGGUAGGUGAGGUGGUAUUGGAGUUCACCCGCGGCAGAGAGUCAAGGGGACUGCUUUUGCAGGACGUAACUCUAUCCCCUUUGGAGGUGGUCCUGUUUAUCCAGAAUUUGAAGACAGACCAGUUAGGCAGGGGUGCCACUCUUAGGGUGCCUGCCACUGGAAAUAAGGGUCCUUGCCCAGUUAAGGAUACCUCCAGGUAUUUGGAUCUCAGGCCACGGGGGGAGGGUCCAUUCCUUAUUCAUGAGGAUGGUGCCCCGUUGACUACGCAUCAAUUUGCUAAGGUGAUGCGGUAAGCGAUUGCAGCUUGUGGUUUGAAAGCAGCAGGUUAUGCCCCUCAUUCUUCCGCAGUGGUGUUGCCACUACAGCAGCUCAUUGGGGACUGUCUGUAGAAAGCAUUAAGAACAUGGGCUGUUGGAAGUCCAAUGCAUUUUGUGGAUAUGUGCAUAGACAUCAUUGAUCACCCAUAUGUAUAUUUGCUUGUCUUCUCUUAGGUGCGGCUGCUGUUCGCAUUGUGGGCCACAGCAUUGUCUACUGGGCCGGUAUCAGAGCAAGGGAGUCUGGACUUGGACUCAGUCUUGGCUUUCCUCAACACGCGCAAGUGUCUUGGCUGUCCAGGUGUAGAAUGCUGUGGGCCGAAUUGCUUCCCCUUGUUCGGAAGCAUGUGAUGUUGGAGGGGCCCCCUACAGCUAUUGUGCUGCAGUUAGGGGGAAAUGAUCUGCUUGCCACAGACUGUUGUUCUUUACGUUUUACAGUUCAAAAGGACCUGGCUGAAUUGGCAGAGUUUUUGCCGGGUGUGAAAGUUUUUUGGUCCCAGUUGCUGCACCUGGCGUGGCAGUCGCUGUCCAGCCGCCACUGAUGGAGCCAGAAAGCGUGUUAAUAAGGUGGCAAUGAAAGCAGUCAUUGCUCAUGGUGGUUCUGUGAUUGCGCACCCCGAUAUCACCUUCAAGGCGGCCGUCCUUUUCAGGGACAAUGGUGUGCAUCUUUCCCCGUUGGGAAAUGGCACAUGGUUAAAUUCUGUUGUGUGGGUUUGAAGGUGGAGCUGCAGUUGUGAGUGGUUGGCGGCGAGCUUGAGGGCUCGGUGGUGGUUAGGCAUUGGUUUAUGGUUUGGUUGGUUGAGGGGAAGUGGUUGAGUGCCUGCCCUUGGUAGGUUGAGUGCCUGCCCCUCUAAUGCUGCUGCUGCAAGGGAUUCCGUUAAAGGAAUUGGGGGCUAACUAUUGCUUGUCCACUCUGUCAAGGGGGCUCGGGCCAUAGCAAUGAGCUCCUGGUUGCAUUUGGGGUGAGGGCAGGUUCCCUGCUCCGCGUAACCCCCAAGUGUAUUUCCCUAUUCUGACUUUUGCAUUGUGCGGAAUGUCAGUCUGUCCCCCAUGGUGGGGGCAGAUAGUCGCAACCAAUGCCUAAGCAACCACUCACAAAUUUGUAUUUCAAUAAAGUUGUGGCCAAAAUUAUGCCAAAAAUCUUAAACAAAAAUUCUGUGUGAUGUGUGAGUUAUUGGGGUGGCCCUGGGGACCUCGACACGCAACAAGUGAUUUCCCAGCUUUAAAAUAAAACCAAAACUGAAAUAAUACUUCACAGCUAUAAAGGACAAGUUUUGCUCUAAUUUGCCCUAAUCUUUAUUGAAAAGAAAGUAUCUCCCACACUCAAAAGUCAUUUUGCUUGCAAAUGUCACAGGCAAUGUGUACACAUUUUUUAAAUGAAGAGAUAAACUUUAUCCUUGCAGAAUCCAAGUUGGACUUGUAGUUGAAGUAGCUCUUCAGAUGUUAUCUCUGGGCCAGAUAUUCUGUCAAACAGUGCAAUAAGUAAAUGGGAAUGUUCACCAAUUAGGAUAUAUUGUCUGAAACACUUGUCGGCGAAUAGUUUUCUGCAGAUGUUUGGGUGCUAGAACGUAGUGCUAAAAGCAGCGACGUCUAAGAUUCAAGAUAUUUUUUUCCUGCCUUUUCUUUUUAAAAAUUCAGCACAAGUGUAUCUGCUGAGUAUAUGGUCCUGAACAUCUGCUAUCAGUGGAUAAUGUCAAUGGUUUAAUGUUUCUUUGGGGAUAAUUGAAGUUUAUCAAGUGCAAUGCAGUUCUGUCAAGUUGGAAGUAACUUUGCCUUUUCUUUCUUAGGGAGGGCAGUUUCGAGGUUGCAAAAAAAAAAAUGAAAUAAAACACUAGUGCUUUUCUUAUAUUAUUUCAUCAUCUUCAUUUAUUAUUUCCAGAGCAUUUAACAUGUACAAAGCACUGUGCAAUGGACAAAAACUCACUGUGAUCCCUACCUAA